AUGCAGGGCAAAUCAGCGCUCUCGGAAUACAUUAGAUCUCGAAGCUCACAAACGACUACAGAAGCGAGCCGGUUCCUGAAGCUUGUUUUUCGAGAGCAAUUAAUAUCCCCCAACCACUGGGUCCCUUGUGAUACCAAAAUUUUGAAAAGCCUCUUGAGUACUUGUAUUGGGAUUCAAGUACCCCAUUCCGACUAUUCAACAUGCUGCAUAAAACUUCUGGAACGUGAUAGAUUCAGAGAAGACCACGACGAUCUUUGGGUUCUUAACCACCUAUUCCAGAAUGGACUGGUCGUUACUUCAAAGAUUUUCGGUGCCGCAGUAUCUACGGAGGGUACAGAUAUGCUUGACAUCCUCCGGAAACACGUCGUUGAUGUGGGAAAGAUUGGCGGGCCCGCCCUGGCGAAAGCUGCAGGACUUGGUAAUUACGAAGCAGUGGAUUGGCUAUUGGGUUUUGGUGUGGACAUCAAAAGCCCGCUUCCAGAUCGUAUCUAUAGGGACGGUCUAAAAGUCAACACUGUAAUGGGAAUGUGCAUGUUGACUCUCAGUCCUACAAACACAUCAAUGUUACGACAUUUGGCCAGAUGCGACGCUGAGCUCAAGAGAACUGUGAGCGACCAGCACGCGGGAGAUCUCUUUGGGUUGAUGAGAAUUACUGUGGAGGAAAACUAUGUAAGUUCGAAUGUAAGUUCGACUGUCCCUUGGCUGCUUGAUCAACUCGAGGAGCGAGGCACUGAAAAGAUGUUGAGAGCUGAACUUCAAGCUCUAUACGCACUAACUGCGGUAGCAGAUCGCUGCACAGUUUCCGAGAAGGAGACCAGGCUACCAGUCUCCCAUAGGGUGCGUAAAACGUACGGUCUCCCACCAUACCCUGAAGCAAUCCUAGGGCCAAUGAUUGCGGCCCAAGUCGGUGAUGAAAUGAUCCAAGAGCUUAUCCGGGCUAGUAUUGGCAUCAAUACCUAUCCAGAAGAGACCUUCUACGAAAGAUUUACUCCGAUACAAGCAGCUGCAUAUGUCGCCAACUAUCCCUUGGUGGUGCAACUGUUCAAGAUUGGGGCGGAUGUGAAUGCUCCGGCUCGAGGCAAAAAAGGUAGAACAGCACUUCAAGCAAUCUGUGAGUGGAAUCCUCUGUCGGAAGAGGAAAAGAGUCGCCAGCAUGAUAUUGUGAAUUUCUUGAUCAAGAAAGGUGCAAAUAUAAAUGCUGGCCCCGUGUACGGUAGUCAUGAUCACGCAGCAAUCACGACAGCUGCAAUACAAGGAAAUAUUGAGCUCGUCACUGUCUUGUUGGCUCACGGCGCUGACCCCAACAUUUACCCAUGGCAGUUGACCUUAAGGCCAUACGCGGCCUUGGACCUUGCCUGCGGCAGCUGCGAUAUGACGAAACUCUUACUGAAUGCAGGAGCAUUGAGUUCACAUCGGGGUUCGACCGGAUACGAAGGUGCGUUAUUGUACGCUGAAUUUCAAGGUCAUAAUGCUGUGGCAGGCAUAAUUCGCGACCACAUGUUGCAGAAGGAGGAACAAUUCCGUACAAAGCCAGAGCUGCGGGAUCUCCACAAUGCAGUCAUACAUAAAUUGGAUCUUGAAGAUGCCUCGAGGCACGCGAACGAGACAUACGAUGAGGAGGAUAUGAAGGCCAUGAAAGAGAUUGAAAGAUUGGCGGGUGAGCACGGAUUGAACUAUCCGCCACAACCUCGCCCAUAA